AUGCGCGCGGACUGUGCCGCGCUCUACGCGUGGCUCGUCUGCUGCGCAGCCGCGCUUUCCACACACAAGUACAGCACGCGCGUCGUGCGAACCAAGUACGGGCCGUUGCGUGGCAUCGUCGUCCAUUCGCAUCCGCAAAUCGAGGCGUACCUCGGUGUGCCGUAUGCUACGCCACCUCUCGGUAGUCUCAGAUACAUGCCACCGGUGACGCCGUCGCAGUGGCGCACGACGCGGCUGGCGGACGCGUCCGGGCCGGCGUGCCCGCAAGCCCCGCCGCCGGCGUCGCCGCGCGAGGACGCUUUGCUGAUUCACCCGCGCGCGCGCAUCAGACAAUUGGAGAGACUGCUGCCGGUCCUAGCCAACCAAAGCGAAGAUUGUCUAUACGUCAAUCUCUACGUCCCUACCAAUGGUGGCGAACAUGAGGACAACGGUAAAGGCUUACCGUGCCUUGUGAUCGUGCACGGCGAGUCUUACGAGUGGAGCUCCGGGAACGCAUACGACGGGACCACGCUGGCGGCGCACGGCAACAUUAUCGUAGUUACUAUCAACUUUAGAUUAGGUGUAUUGGGUUUUUUAAAGACUGGUGCUAAGGGGUCGGCGCAGGGUAACUUCGGGCUUAUGGAUUUGGUGGCGGGGCUUCAUUGGCUGCGGGAGAACCUUCCAGCCUUCGGAGGGGACCCGGAGAGAGUGACGCUCAUGGGGCAUGGCACGGGGGCAGCCCUGGCCAACUUCCUCGCGGUUUCGCCAGUCGCUAGAGAACUAUUGAGACGCGUCAUCUUACUAAGCGGAUCUGGCCUCAGUUCUUGGGCACUGCAGAGGGAGCCACUAACGAUAAAAAGAAAGGUGGCCGAGCAAACGGGUUGCCACGGCGACCUUCUAGAAGAUGACUUGGCGCCAUGUCUCCGCAACAAGCCCCUCUCCGAGCUACUAGCCGUGAAGCUCGACCCUCCAAGGUUCCUGCCGGGGUUUGCGCCUUUCGUCGAUGGAACUGUUAUUGUCAAUCCGUCCUCUGCACCACCUCCAACGGACAGUUCUCGUCUGGGCGCCGGAGCGGCCGCUGUGGCCACCGCAGCCGGCCAUGAACUAGCAGACUUCCCCCACAGAGAACUCCUCUUUGGACUCACGACUACCGAAUCGUACCUGGAAUUCAACGCCCAAGACUUGGAGUUCGGCUUCAAUGAGAGCCGACGGGAUCGCAUUCUGAGGACAUUUGUGAGGAACGCCUACUACUACCAUCUCAAUGAGAUUUACUCCACACUGAAGAAUGAGUACACGGAUUGGGAUAAGCCCGUACAAAAUCCCUUGAGCGUACGAGAUGCUACGUUAGAGGUAUUGAGUGAUGGUCGCACGGCAGCCCCGCUGAUCAGACUGGGUUACCUUCAUGCUCUCCGAGGAGGCACUACCUACUUUACCCAUUUUCAUCACCUCUCGCAAGACAAAGACUAUCCACAGCGGCCGGGGUCUGUUCACGGAGAAGAGAUGCCUUAUUAUAUUGGGCUGCCUGUUUCACUGAACCAUCACCAACAAAACUUUACGCAGCAAGAACAGAGGGUGUCCAAACUGUGCAUGCACUACGUAUCAAAUUUCGUCAGAUAUGGAAACCCCAAUGACCCCGCCGCCACUCCGCCCCCGAGCCCUUUGUUAGGAGAAGCCCCACGCCUCGGCCCCGACCAAACACCUUACUGGGACACCUAUGACACUAUCAACCAACUUUACAUGGAAAUUAGUAGUAAGCCUGAAAUGAGGAGCCACUAUCGCGGUCACAAGAUGUCGUUGUGGCUUUCUCUCAUACCUCAACUGCAUCGGCCAGGAUCUGAUUUGCCAGAUGCUGCUAUGCGUCAUCAUCAUUUUCAAGAAGACAACGCCAAUUAUUAUGAAGGAGCGGUCAGGCCUCAGUCUAUGUCACGAGCGCAUGUUCCGCACGUGGUCAACAUUGACAUAGGGCGCGGCGACCCGGGCCGCAGCACUGCGCCGCCGCGCUCGUCUGCUCCUCGGCCGUCCCCAGCGCCACCGGUGCCUUCAACAGAAUGUCCACCCAAUGCCACUGCGACUCCAGUUCAACCCGACGAUGCACUGCUGCGGAGGCUAGCAUCUUCACAUUACCAGUCCUAUACUGCGGCGUUAACGGUCACUAUCGCUGUAGGCUGCUUUCUCCUUUUAUUGAACGUCCUUAUAUUCGCUGGAAUUUAUCAUCAGAGAGGAUCGCGUCCCCGUCGUUCAAAAGAUGAUCUAGCUGAAGCCGGAAGCUCCUCUUCCUCAGACAACUAUGACGGAAAAUUAGAUUACGAAGUGCGAGCAUUCGAUGGAAAAGGUUUUGGUUUCGAGUGCAAAUCAUCUCACGUGCCACGUGGCUCUGGCUCCAAAUUUGACUUACGGACGUUGUCUGAUUGUGGUGAACCUACUUUUGGAGAAUAUAGUUGUUAUGAUGAAAAGCACCGCGCAGCUCGUAGUUCUUUACCUGAUGUAAGUGUUGGUAGUGCGAUAGAAGCCGGCAGUGUAGUGUGUAUAGAUACUCAGAAGCCAGACAUACAAAAAGUGGAUGGCCGGGCUCAAGACCCUGUCGGUAGAACUAGCACGUUUGAGCCACGAGUGAUGGACAAUUCAACGCAAGUGAAGUUCGGUCCGUCUGGUGAAUCAGAAAUCGCUUCGGAGUCCAAUGGAGAUUCGGAAUCGGGCGGCGCGAGCGGGUCGGGCAUACUGCGCGUGCCUCCCGCCUCUACCGCGCCCGCGCCGCCCGGCAUCAUGAAGAAGAGAGUGCAGAUACAAGAGAUAUCCGUAUGA